AGGGCCCGUGCGGGCCUUCGGGAGCUGGUGGCGAACGGUGCCAGAGGGAGGCUGAACUCUGUUUUAAUUUAAAACACCAGUGCAGAGCACCAGGGCCGUGCAGGGAGGCUCGGACCGGCGCUCCGAAGGGACAGGAUGUGGCCGCUGGCUCCUCCUGCCCUCAGGGAAACAUUAACUUGGAGCUCUGCUGUCGUUUGGGGUAGAGCAGAUUAGAAAGUACCUUGGCGGGCACAGCCUGCGGCUGAACAGGCUGCCACAAUGCAAAUCCCAGUUUUUACGGUUGAUGCCUUUACAAACCGGCCAUUUUCUGGAAAUCCUGCGGCAGUUUGUCUGCUUGAAAAUGAGUUGGAUGAAGCUUUGCACCAAAAAAUUGCAACAGAAAUGAACCUUUCAGAAACAGCUUUCAUCAGAAAGCUGCACCCUGGAGAUGACUUUAGCAAAAGUUGCUGCUUUGGGCUCAGGUGGUUCACCCCAACCAGUGAGGUUCCUCUCUGUGGUCACGCUACACUGGCAUCAGCUGCUGUGCUGUUCCACAUUCAAAAAAAUCCAAAUCCAGUUCUCACAUUUGUGACACUGAGCGGGGAAUUGAAAGCCAGACAAGUGAAAGAUCACAUUGUCCUGGACUUGCCACUUUAUACAGCCUACCCCCAGGUAGUUGAGGAAGUAGAAGAAUUAAUAAAGGUAAAAAGUGAAUCUAUAUGUUAUCUUCUUUAAGGAGCAUCUGUAAUAGCUCUACUUGUUUUUAUAUGUU